AUCCCCCUUGCACAAAUAUUUACUUUUUAUUUCGUAUUUUGUUGACCCCUUAGAAAAUGUCUGACGAGGAGCUGAUCGAUUACGCUGAGACUGUGCAAACGGAGAAAACGAAAAAUACGGAUGUGAUAUCCUCAUUCCCGGAGCUGCUGCUCAAGGACGAGCUGAUCAAAGCAAUACGUGACGCGAACCUUGAACAUCCCUCUGCUGUUCAGCAGCAGGUAAUACCGAAGGCUGUGCUGGGCGCAGACAUACUGUGCCAGGCUAAGAGUGGAACGGGCAAGACCGUUGUGUUCGUGCUGAGCGCUCUGCAGCGCAUCAGCAGGGAGGAGGGCGAGGUGCACGAUACGUGUGCACGUGUUCAGGUGGUGGCAAUAGCAAACACGAAGGAGAUGGUGGUGCAGAUUGCCAACGAGUUCAAGCGGUUCAUGUGCUACACGGACCUGAACGUUGAGAUGGUGUUUGGCGGUGUGGAUGUGAACGGAGACAUCGAAAAAUUGAAGGGCAGGGUUGAUGUGGUGGUGGGCACGCCCGGCAGGCUGUUUGAUUUGAUUGUGCGUGGUGCCUUGGACGUGUCGCAGCUGCGCAUACUUAUCAUCGAUGAGGUGGACAGCAUCCUGUCAUCGCUCUCUUCACGGUGGACAGUGCAGCGCAUCAUUUACAAGACACCGGUUGGCAAGCAGACGAUGCUUUUCACGGCCACGCUCUCCGAUGAGAUGAGGAACACGUGCCUGCUGAUGGUGCGCAAUCCUUUCGUGCUGCAGGUGGAUGAGGAGCGUAAGUUGACGCUGCACGGCCUUGAGCAGGGGUACGUGAACGUGGCUGAGGACAGCAAACGCGAUAAGCUGAUAGGCUUGAUCGAUGGUAUACGUGACAUCAGCCAGUGCGUGAUCUUCUGCAGGGAUAAGAGGCGUGUUGAGGUGCUCGCCGAGCACUUGAAGACGAAGGGGCUGCCCGCCGUGUCCAUAACGAGCGAUUACGAUACGAACGAGCGGAUGCAGCGGUUUAUGUCGUUUAAGAACCUUGACUACAGAUUUUUGGUGACCACCAAUCUUAUGGCACGUGGCAUUGAUAUAGCAGAGAUUAACCUGGUGGUGAACUAUGAUAUGGCAGAGGAUGCACAGACCUACUUGCAUAGGGUUGGCCGUGCCGGUCGGUUUGAGACGCGAGGUACGGCUGUCAGUUUUAUAUGCAAUGAGGAGGACAUUGUGGUUUUGAAUGAGGUGCAGGAGCGGUUUGAGGUGAGUAUUAAGGAGAUUAAGUAAAUAAAGGAAUGUUAUUAGAAGGGUAGGGUAUUUGGCAAUAUUUUGGGAUUGUGUGGUAUUGGGGAUGUGACAGUACCUGAGGAUGUGGCAAUAUUUGGAGAGUGAGUAGUAUUGGGGAUGUGGCAAUAUUUGGGGAUGUGACAGUACCUGAGG